AUGGUGAACACGGCAACGCUGCCGAGUGUUUGCGUAUUCGUGUUCCUUUUGUUCGUUGCAGCAGCGUGGGCGAUUUUGUUCCCUCUGUUCGUUGCUGCAAUACGAUUGGGAACGACUGGACGUGCAAUUUUGCGGUUAAAAAAUACGUGUUUGUCUUGCACUAGUGCUUCCACCACAUCAACCGUCCCAUCCCUCCACUAUUUCGAUACCUCGUGGAGCGAGAGAACACAUCUGAAGAAAUUUAGGUCGUGCGCCCCAGGCUUCCACAAGUCCGCCCUCAGCACUGUCGUCAUUUUACACGGCUCCGCCGUUAUUCAUACAUUUAAGAAUGGUGGGACGUCGUUGCUCAAGGUCGCUAGCGAUCACGGUGGUACGGUGAAGACGAUUUUUCCACCUAUGGAACUCACCAGACAGGAGGUUGUUGAUUUUUUUGUCAACUAUGAUGGAUUCAAGGCUGCUUUGAUCAGAGAUCCAUUGGAACGCGUAGCGUCUUCUUUCCAUGAAGUUAUGUCGAGGCAAAACCGCGGAAUAAUUUUGACCCUACAAGACAGGUUAGCAUUUGCCAAUCAGACGGUACUGGUGGAAAGGCUCACGAAAAUGUUAUCCCCGCUAUCCAGCAAUCCGCAUUUUCUGCCACAGACGCAGUUUAUGGUGGAUUCGAGCGGUGUUAAGUUCCAGCUCGAUUAUAUUGGUCUGGCAGAUGAUUUGGACGACGAGUUGAAUUUUAUCAUGAGGAUGCCAGGAGUUCAUGUGCCCUUUCUCUCGGGGCCAGGUGACUACAAGAUCAGCUUAUCUGAGUUAUUCCGGGUCAACACGACGACGCUUCCUGAUGAUGUCGUUCGCAUGGUGUGCGAUGGCUAUUUGGUUGAUUAUUGUUGUUUCGGUUUUUCUUUUCCGAAGCCAUGCCAGCACAUGACAUGCUCUGCGUUUUUUCCUGAGUGA